AUGUAUACCCUACAGCUGCUGGCUCUCAUCCUGUCUCUGAGCUGCCAUCGGGUUGUCUCACAAUGCUCAGUGACCAGGUUCGUGUCGUACGUGGAGAAGGAAGAGUGUAGCCACUGUCUGGCCAUCAAUAGCACGGGCUGCGCGGGUUUCUGCAUCUCCCGGGACGUCAACACAAAGUCCCUACUACCAAAGAUCGCACUGAUGCAGAGGGUCUGCACCUACCAAGAUGUCAAAUACAUUUCCAUUAAACUUCCUGGAUGUCCCCCAAAUGUUGACCCCUUCUACAAGUUCCCAGUCAUCCUCAGCUGUGUGUGUAGCCAGUGCACAACCGAUACCACAGACUGCAUCAACGGAGUCAAUGCUUCCUUCGACUGCACCAAGCCGCAGUGGAGCAUCCCCAUCUCACGUUCUCGCAUCCUCCCCCUCUCAGGCAACGAAUAA